GGCGAGAUGUGAACGUUGCAUGAGACGGAACUAGCAGGGUCUGGGGUUCAGCUGGUGACUGGCCCAGGGAUUCAGUGUUCUUGGUGGUUUCUUUUGGUGAUUUGGUCCUCCUGGUCAUUUAUUUCCUCGUGGCGAGGAAAGCAAACUUUAACGCAAGCUGGUACUUCAGUGCCCUGAUGACUGGCGUAGUGGGAGAUGGACUGAGCUUGAAGAUUAUAAACAUGGAGCAGGAUGCCGUCUUGUUAUUAGUUAGUUGAAGUGACUCAAACCAUGGUAGGAGGUAGCGGAAUUGAUAGAGAUGAUGGCGGUAUUGGAGGAAGGAUUCAUCGUGAGUAUCGAGGAGGAGGAGGAGGGAGAGGGAGUGGUCGAUACCGUCGAGGCCUGACACAUCAUCGUCAUGUGAUCCCAGGCGAACGGCGUAGUGUUCUGGAACAAGGACACCCUGGAGAGGAUGAAGCCAAAGGAGAUUCAGAAAAGAUGGAUAUUGUGAAGCACCGCCCACAUAAAGUGUAUUACUCUUUUACAGAGUUAAGUCGAGGGUUCAGCGAAGAUUCCAGAAUAUCUAAACAGUUAAGGAGGUUAUCCCGUGAGGAUGACUCGGAGCGCUAUCUUGCACAAGUUCAGCAGCUACAGGUUAAAGAUCUUCACUCUGUUGUUUUGUCCUGUGCAGGCGAUGAGUCACAAUAACGUGGCUGAAGUAUGUUGACCAGA